AUGGGGGUCAUAGACAAAAAAGCCAAAUCAGGGACUAUUCAACCCAACUUAUUAUGGUGGUAUAGGGACGAUAUUUUCGAUCUUUGGACCCGGGGGCAAUAUAAAUUGAUUGAGUUCACUGAGUUUAUAAAUUCCCUAUAUCCCACCAUCAAGUUCACCCUUGUCUAUUCUCCGACAUCACUGAACGUCUUGGAUCUUACACUUAACCUUGUCGAGGGAUAUAUCCAAACGGAUAUCUACUCCAAGCCUACAGACAAUCAUAUUUAUUUGCUGCGCAACAGUGCCCAUCCAGCUCACUGCACAAAAGCCAUUCCAUUUGGUGUUGCCACUAGGGUUAAAAGAAAUUGUUCCACCCCUGAAUCUUUUGAAAAACGAAGCAUUGGAUAUCAGAAUUAUUUAAUUAAUAGGGGCUAUAACCCUAACCAGGUUAGACAACAAUUUGAUAAAGUAAGAUCAAUUCCCAGAGAGGACCUACUUGCCCCACAACUAAGGAGU